AAAUCUUCUAUAAUUUUCAUAUUCAUGAUCUGUUUCAUGAAAAACAGGAUUCAAACUACAAAAUUAAUAUACUAAAUAUAGUGAGGGAUUGAACACAUACCCAUUCUAAUCUUCCAACUCCAAACAACAAUAUGCUUUUGAAUUGGUAUUAAUUCUUAAGAGAAAUUCACUCCCAACCAAUACAACAACAAUAAUAAUUCUUCAAUCCCUCCCUAUAAAUCAAUCCCUCCAUCCCCUUUCUUCUUCAACAGAGAUAAAGACAAAGAAGAGGCUUCAUUAAAGGUUUCCUUUAUUUUUUUUUUCUUUUUUGGAUUUGCAAAAGAAAUCCCAAAAAAAAGAAAAAAAGAAAAAAAAAUUUAAAAUUACCAAUGAUGAAAAAUAAAAACCCUAGCCCCUCUUCUUCUGUCCUCUCUUUCACUUUAUUUCUUCUCUUCUUCUUCCUCUUCUCUUCUUCCUCCUCUGUUUCAGCCUUCAACAUCACAAGACUCCUAAAUCAAUUCCCUGAAUUUGGAGCUUUCAAUGAAUACCUCACAAAAACUCAUCUCUUCGAACAAAUCAAUACUCGUCAAACCAUCACCGUUCUCGCUCUCGAUAACGCCACCGUCUCUGCCAUCGCCGGAAAUUCUUUAGAUGUUAUUAAACAGAUUCUCGGAGCUCAUGUUAUUCUUGAUUAUUACGAUGUUGCAAAGAUGAAGAAGCUUUCAACUGAUAAAACUACUGUACUUACUACUAUGUUUCAAUCCACUGGCGACGCUGUGAAUCAGCAAGGUUUCUUGAAAAUUGUUCUUAAUAAAAGAGGUCAAAUCGAAUUCGGAUCUGCAGCCAAAGGCGCUCCUCUUAGUGCUAAGCUUGUGAAACCUGUUGCUUCUCAGCCUUAUAAUAUCUCUGUUUUGCAAGUUAGUGCUCCCAUUGUGAUCCCUGGCAUUGGUGUUUACAAUUUGCCGCCUCCUGCUCCUGAAGCACCGUAUGUAGCGCCGGUUGAGGCUCCGGGUCCGUCAGCUGAUGCUCCGGCGCCGGCGGAUGAUGAUGAUGCUGCUGAUUCCCCGUCUGAUGCUCCUUCACCGGCGUCCAAGGCACCGGAACCGGCGGCGGAUGCGCCUGAUGCACCGGUGAGUUCUCCUCCGAAGAUGGCUGAUGAGGAUGAUGCAGAUGCACCGGGUCCAGCCGAUGACGCUGCCGCGUCGGACGAUUCGACUUCGGAGGGUUCACGGGGACAAAUCGGAGGCGCCGGAGUUGUGGUGGCUGGAUUGGUGGCUCUUUGGUUGAAUUUCUAAAUAAAAAAUGUAAACGAAUUGAAAAAGAAGAUAAGAUCAGAUUAGGAUCGGAAGAAUCGGUAGGAUUGUUUUAUAUAUGCGGAGAUUUUUUUCUCCAAAUGCAAUGCCGAGACCUAUCGAACAAAUUGCAUAAGUCUAUAUGAAAAUGAAAAGAACAAAAUAAAAAAAAUAAAAAAAAAAAGAAAAAGAAAGAAGAAGAAAAAGAAAUCCAAUAACAUAUUUAUGAUAAAAUCAUUCACUGUGUGAGCAAAAAUUAUUUUCUUAAUCUAAUACAAAUCCCAAACCACUCCAUUGAUUCAGUUUUAUGGAUUAGGAAAGGGCAAACAAAAUCCCAUCUCAGUUAGAGAAGGAAAUGAU